AACUUACCAGCACACACACGGUAACUGGAUUGAAUAUUGUUCAUGGAUUCCAAUAACUUUAGAAGAUCACAGAAGCUAUUGGACUUGUCUCAACGAUUUCGUAAAUCAAAGUCUGUUUUCCCAAUUUCAGAUGACCCCUCAAUUGGUCAAUCCGAAAGAUCCAAAAGACCCAACCGAGCUGCAGUUCUGAUAUGUUUAUUCGAGGAAGGAGAUGACAUCUAUGUUAUUUUAACCCAACGAUCAUCAAAGCUGUCGUCUCACUCUGGGGAAGUGUCGUUGCCUGGAGGUAGAACAGACGAAGAGGAUACAGAUGAUAUUCGAACCGCAUUGAGGGAAGCUGAGGAGGAAAUUGGCUUGGAUCCCAACCUUGUAGAUGUUAUUACUGUUCUUGAACCUUUUGUAACCAAGAAGAAUAUCACAGUAGUUCCAGUGAUGGGUAUACUAUGGGAUAAACAAGCAUUUAAUCCGCUUCCAAAUCCUGGAGAAGUGGAAUCCAUAUUCUAUGCACCUUUGGAAAUGUUUCUCAAGGAUGAAAACAGACGACAUGAAGAGAAAGAACAUAGGGGAGACAAAUACUUGCUUCACUAUUUUUCUCAUAAAACAAAUAACAGGGUGUAUGUGAUAUGGGCUCUAACCGCCGGAAUCUUGAUAGCUGCCGCCUCCCUCGUUUUCCGGCGACCACCGGAAUUUCAAGAAAGGGCGUCUAAAUUCUGGCACAAAAACCACUCAAGUUCUAAUAAUGUUCCUGGAAUCAUUGAGCAAAAAUUUAUAGAAACGUGAUGGAAGUCGAAUCAAAGAUAAACUUGCAAGCUUAUUUGUAUUAAAUAAA